GGACAAAGGAACGAAGGGAGAUUCUGGUGUUUGGCUCAGAAUAAGGAGGUACUUGAAAGUCGCAAAUGAUACCGUCGCUAUUCUUCCAAUCCCGCAGAUCUGCUCAUGAUCAUGAUCAUUCCCAAAUUCUAGAAACAAGCUAUUGGCCAGCACCUUUUGUUCCUGAUUCUUGUCGGUCGCUUUAUCCACGUCUAACUUGCUCGCUCGAGUUUAUAAGGACUCAAAAGAUCCAGACUUUUGUGCAUGGUAGUACUGAAAAAAGUUCGUGGGGUCUAAAUAUUUUGGAGGUUUAUUCUUUAAUUUGGGCAUUAAAUCUUAAGGCUUGGCCAUGAGUAACCGUAGUACCGGAGGUCGCCAAGAGAACGGUCGGAUGCGUGAUCCGGACUAUAUUGAGGUGCAAAUUCCCAUUAAAGCGGAAGUUAAGAUGUCAAAGAAGAAAACGAAAACGAGGCAACUUCCAUCGUGGACUGUAAAAAUUCUUGAUUCAGAGGGAGAGUUCCUCCCAAUCUGGAAAUUGAUUUUCUUAGUGUCGUGCGUGUUUUCGGUAUCAGUGGACCCUUUGUUCUUUUACCUUCCGGUGAUUAAUGAAGAAAAAAAGUGCGUUGCUUUUGAUAGAAGAUUACACAUCAUAAGUCUUUGUUUGCGAACUGUGCUGGACUCGAUUUCGCUUGUGAAAAUCAUUUUCCAAUUUUUUUGUCCUUAUAUAGACGAGAAAGCUCGUCUACAAGAUGGAGUACUAGUUAUAACAGAGAGAGUACUAGUUACGGGUGCUUGGCCAAUAGCAAAGAGGUACUUGUGGUCAUGCUCUUUCGCGAUUGAUGUCCUGUCAAUUCUUCCAAUCCCACAGGUGCUAGUUCCAACUAUUUUUAAAAAAAUGAGAGGUUCCAAUGCUUUGAACACCAGAAAAAUGCUGAACGCUGUUGUCCUAUCCCAAUAUGUGCCAAGAAUAACUCGUAUCUAUCUGUCUUGGAGAAAAGUCAGGAAGAAUACAACCAUCUCUCUAAUUACCAUAGCGGUGAAAGCUGGAUUCAAUUUGUUUCUAUAUAUUGUUGCCAGUCAUGUACUGGGUGCGUUUUGGUACUUUUUCUCCAUCCAACGAGAGACGGAUUGCUGGCACUUAGCGUGUGAAAAUUAUAUUGGAUGUAAUCGAACUUCUUUGAACUGUGAUCACAGUUCUGGAAAUUACACAUUUUUAAAUGAUUAUUGUCCCGUAGAGAAAGAAAAUCCAACAGUGUUUGAUUUUGGAAUAUUCCUUGAAGCACUUCAAUCUGGUACGGUGGCAUCCAUGAAUUUUCCGCGGAAGUUCUUGUACUGUUUUUGGUGGGGCCUGCGAAAUUUGAGUUCUCUUGGUCAAAACCUUCAAACAAGUCCCUAUUUUUGGGAAAACUGCUUCACAGUUUUGAUUUCGAUCUUUGGCUUGCUUCUGCUUUUGUACUUCAUCGGAAAUUUGCAAUGGGAGACACAGAAACAGUUGGAGACAUACAUGGAUAAGAAUGAUAUUGCAAAGAUGAGAGGUAAAGAACAAAGUGUGGAGCUCUGGAUACAAAGAAACAAGCUCCCUGACCCUAUAAAAUAUCAGAUCAUGAACCACAUAAAACCAAGACUACAGGAAAAAAAGAAUGAUAUAGAUGCGGAGAAUCCAUUCCCUCACCUUCCCAUAUCUCUUAGAAAGAGGAUUAAGCACCAUAUCUGCUUGCCCAUGAUAAAGAAUGUGCCAAUGUGGUUUCAAGAAGCAAUUAGUGAGAGGCAAUUGCAACUCGAUAUCUGCGAAUAUAUCAAGCAAGUGUACUACUGUGAAGAUACCUACAUUAUUCGGGAGGGAGAACCACUUGAUCGAAUGCUCUUCGUCACAAAGGACGUUGUUUGGAAAUUUGCAACCACAAAUAAUAAUGGUGUGGGAAGUACUGUCUCCUCAAGCCGCGGGGAGUGUAUUGAAAAAGGUUGCUACUGUGGAGAAGAAAUUCUAAACUGGGGGUUCCAUGGCUUUUCCCAACGCAUCAUGCCCAACCUAUCCGACCUCCCAAUCUCUGACAAAACCCUCAAAACCCAUACAAAAGUUGAAGCCUUUGCUCUAAUGGCCAACGACUUGAAGGCUUUAGUCUCCAGGUAUGCCGCCGAACCAACACCAACACCUAAUGAAGCAGUCCUUAUGAUACAAGAAGCUUGGCGCCGCCGCAAUAAAGUACUCAAUUGGCAAUCAAGAGCUCGCAAUACCUAGCUGGCAUUUACUCCAUCGUUGUGCAGUAGGAUUAGUACUCCUUUUAUCCAGCAGCUGCUUGCCUGCUUGUUGAACUGCAAUAGUUUGUUUCUUUGGUCGUGUAUUAAGUUGUAUGCGUACG